CGACUGACCGACCGUUGCCGACUGAGCGUCACCUGCGUCACUGCGCAGCGGCGCGCGGCGCGCAGGCAUGGCUUCACACCGCUACGCAGUGCCGCUCAGUCGACAACGGACGAUCAGUCGGUCGGGCGAGCAGAGCGGUGCGACGUUGAUACGCGUCGCGGCGCAUUUCAACUUGCAUCUUUUGUUGUCCCAUAUAAGUUUUUGAUGCGAAUGAGUGUUUCGAGAGUAUCUUAAAGUGUCGGAAGUGAAGUGAAAUGUCGGGCGUUCGUGUCAAUCGCGUACCACGUUCGUGUGGUCGUUGCGUUGCUUCAAUCAUCGCAUCGAAUGGUGCGAAGUCGUAUCGCGCUCAAUCAUGUUUCACAUCCUCUCCGUAUCCCGAGUUUUCGACGCACGAUGAAUAUGGGAAGGGCCGAGAACGAAGGGUCGCGCGUUCGUACCGAAUAUAAAUCAAGACGAAUCAUCGUGAGGAUGAUCUUGAAUCUCGAAUGUUCGAGAGUUGCGGAAUGCGGCCGAAACGGAGCUGGACAAAGCGAUCAGCGGCGGACGGUGUGCCAACAGUCGUGCUUUCUUCCGAGAUCCCGUUGUAGAGAUGGCGUCUCGAAAAAUUAUAAUCGUGGACAUGGCUACUUUUUCGACUUCUCUCUGCUAUAACUUCAGUAACUAAAGUAAUAA